AUUCUGCUUUAGUACGCGACUAAACUAACAUCACUUUAUAACCCAUGUAUACAUAUCGGUUUUCAUUUUUAUAUACAAUUAAUAUCCAUUGGCUUUUUUUCGUCCAACAAGGUUUUGCACAAUCGAAUAGUUCGGUUACGAUUGGUCGGUAUUUGCCCGCGAGCAUAUGAAUCUUCGGUCGCAAAAUCAACUUUCUUGUUACGCGAUAUUGGAAGAAAAGCCGUAACUCCUUUCUAUCUAUCUGAAUACAUUCCGUAAUAGGUAUACUUGUCAGUGCACACAAGCGAUUAACUUUUACGUACGAUUUAUCGAUCAUUCGAAUAUUUUUGACUGCAAACAGUCUUGUGCAUAACAUAAAAUAAAAUUUUCUAUGAUCAUUCUAUAAAUUAAAUUAAUUGAUUUUAGUUGGAUUUUUCGUAAAUCACGAAAAUAUAUUGUAUUUAUACAUUCGAUUUAAUAAUUAUUAAUUUGUGUUAUUAAUUAAAUUGGUUACAAGAAGAAAUUGAACAUGUCAGCUACUAUUUCGGAAAUAUCAGUCAAUAUUGGAAAUGGGAUCAAUAUAAUUUCUGAUAAGGAUCACGACGUAGAAAAGGGUGAACUUCAUUCGAACGUUGUUGGUCUCUCGCCGUCGAUCUGUUCACGGCCGACGUCUUCGUCACGGACGUCGACGUCGGCCGAGAGCAGGGUCGAGCUCGAGGACAAGUUAAGGAACAGUUGCAACAGGACUAAUCUAUCGAGUAUUGCAGUGGAAGUGGAAAUCGGAACGUCGAACAAUGAACCAAUAGGAGCGGGGACAGACGUGAUCACGACGACAACAACGCCAAAGACGAGGACGCGCACGGUAAGAGGAACAGAAAGAAGCGCAGCUAACCGGUGGAAGGCAGUCGGUCGCCUGCUUCGCCGCCUGGCACUCAUCAUGUUUGUGAUAUCUAGUUUGGUUGCCUGUUUGGCUCUCCUAUCUAUAUAUGCAGGUCCCAUUUUCCUCGUGCAGCUACUAGUCGUGAUUCUUGUUGCGUAUUUAGUAGCCGGAGGACGUUUCCGAUGGUUCUACAUCGCUUUAAAAACAGCACCCAGAGAUUUCAUAGCUAUUACACGAUAUAUAAAAGUUCUUUGGAUUAUCCGUGGCCAUGAAAGGAAUAAUAGAACAAUCGCCGAUGUAUUUCGGCAACAUGUUAGAAAGCAUCCUAAUAAAGUUUGCAUCAUUUCCGAAGAUCAAGAAUGGACGUUUCAACAAAUAGAGGAUUAUAGUAACAAAAUCGCUUCUGUCUUCUCAACAUCUGGAUAUCACAAAGGGGAUGUGGUCGGUAUACUUUUAGAAAAUCGACCAGAAUUCGUUGCCAUUUGGCUUGGACUAAGUAAGUUAGGGGUAAUAAUACCAUUGCUUAACACCAAUCUUCGUAAAGCCUCUCUCUUGCAUAGUAUUAAAGUGUCCAAGUGUCAAGCUCUUAUUUAUGGAGUGGAUUUCAUCGAUGCUGUGUCAGACAUUAUGAAUUCUUUGGAUCCAAAAUUUCCACUGUAUAGAAUCGGUAAUUUACCAGAUAAAAAGACAUCAAAUUUAAAUGAUAAUGAUUUGGCCGCCCUUAUGACCAAUGUUUCUUCAGCUCCACCACUUCUUCAAGAAAAAAGCUCUUAUAAUGAUCAAUUAGUGUAUAUUUUCACUAGUGGUACAACUGGCCUUCCAAAAGCAGCUGUUAUAACAAAUUCUAGGUUUAUGUUUAUGGCAGUCGGUAUAUUUAUGUUAGCAAAGUUUAAAAGUUCAGAUAGGAUUUAUACGCCAUUACCUUUAUAUCAUACUGCUGGUGGUGUAAUGUCUGUUGGUGCAGCCCUUCUUCAUGGAGCUACAGUUGUAAUUAGAAGAAAAUUUUCAGCAAGCGCUUAUUUCAUUGAUUGCAUCAAAUAUAAGUGUACAAUUGGUCAAUAUAUUGGAGAAAUGUGUAGAUAUAUUUUAGCUGUUCCUCCAAAACCGGAAGAUAAACAACACAAUAUCAGGAUAAUGUUUGGAAAUGGUUUGAGGCCACAAAUUUGGCCCGAGUUCGUAGAACGAUUCAAUAUUCCACAAAUUGCUGAAUUCUAUGGAGCAACAGAGGGCAAUGCUAACAUUGUAAAUGUCGAUAAUACUGUUGGAGCUAUUGGUUUUGUAUCUCGAAUAGUUCCAUCAGUUUAUCCUAUUUCCAUUAUAAAAGUUGACGCUGAUGGAGAACCUAUAAGGAAUGCAAAAGGUUUAUGUCAAAUAUGUGGACCGAAUGAACCAGGUGUUUUUGUUGGAAAAAUUAUACCGAACAAUCCAUUUAGAGCAUAUUUGGGAUAUGUGGAUCAGAAAGCAUCUAAAAAAAAAAUAGUUCGCGAUGUAUUUGCUAAAGGCGAUUCGGCAUUUAUAUCUGGUGACAUUUUAAUAGCAGAUGAGUUCGAAUUAUUUUUUAAAGAUAGAACUGGGGAUACAUUUAGAUGGAAAGGAGAAAAUGUAUCUACAUCUGAAAUUGAAGCUAUUAUUAGUAAUCUUGUUAAUUAUAGAGAUUGUAUUGUAUAUGGAGUUGAGAUUCCAGGUCUUGAAGGUAAAGCUGGAAUGGCAGCAAUAUAUGAUGAAAAAGCUACAUUAGAUGUCAAUCAAUUAUCAAUUGAUUUAAAAGAACAUUUAGCAAGUUAUGCAGUACCUAGGUUUAUUAGGAUUUUAUCAAAGAUUGAUCUCACAGGCACAUUUAAAUUAAAAAAAAAAGAUCUUGUAGCUGAAGGAUAUAAUCCAAACAUAAUAGGAGAUAAAGUUUACUAUUUAAAUGAAAAGUCUGGAUAUCAAUUGUUAACUGCUGAAAUUUAUAAGCAGAUUCAACAAGGAAAUAUUCGUCUUUAAUAUGUUUUUAAAAAAAAAUUCAUGGGAACAAUUUUUGCUGUAAUUCUUUACAUGCACAUCAAUAAAGUGAAGAAGCUUUUUAUCUUCAUUAAAUCAAAAAUUGCUUUAUAUUGAGGUAUAGUUUAAUAGUAAUCAAAUUAUAAUUUGAUUUCAUUAUUUUUUAAAUAUAAUUUUUAUAAAAGAUUAUAUUUUGUAUAAUUCAAUAUGAUUUAUGAUUUUAUAAAAAAAUCACAUAAAAA